ACGAACACUAGUCACCAGUCGUGCAUCCCCAGAAUGCCCUUCCCGCCUCGGCCGUAACAGCCUCCCGCAAUUACACCUCCGCCUCGCCCCCACAACGCCGGAGCCCAUGGACGGCAGCCUCCGCACGCUGUCCCCGGCCAGCUUCCCCGGCGAGGUUCGCUCGGCCGUCUCCUCGCUGCUGCUCUCCUCCCCGGGCACGAGCGCCCUCGACACGGUCUUCUCCCACCUCCCGCCGCCGGUCACCAUCCCGCCGCUCGGCUCCAGCGUCUACUACCGCCAGUGCGAGCUCCUCCGCCACUUCGCCGCGUCGCAGCCGCAUGCCGCAGCCUGCUCGUCCUCGUCCUCCUCGUCCGCCGCGAGCUUCCAGGCGCCGCCCGACGACGCGGCGGCGGCGGCGGCCAUGCUGCGGCAGAAACUGUACCGCGGCGUGCGGCAGCGGCAGUGGGGGAAGUGGGUGGCCGAAAUCCGGCUGCCGCAGAACCGGGUGCGCGUCUGGCUCGGCACCUACGACUCCCCCGAGACCGCCGCACACGCGUACGACCGCGCCGCCUUCAAGCUCCGCGGCGAGUACGCGCGCCUCAACUUCCCCGGCGUGAUGGACGGGCAAGACUGCCCCGAGCACCUGCGCCAGCUCCGCGCCGCCGUCGACGCCAAGAUCCAGGCCAUCCGCGCCCGCCUGGCGCGCAAGCGCGCGCGCGCCCGCAAGCAGCGCGAGGAGGGCAAGGAGAGCGCCCGCUCCGAGGGCGCCAAACCUGCCACCGCAACGCCCGCGCGCCCGGUCGUCUCGGAGGGAGCCGCAACGACGUCCGAGACGACGACGACGUCGACGACGCCGUACGGGUCGCCGGACGGGGUGCUGUCCGUGAGCGCGGCCUCCGCCGACGGCGACUGCCCGCUGGAGCGGCUGCCAUCGUUCGACCCGGAGCUGAUCUGGGAGAUGCUUAACUUCUAGCUGGCUAACUGCAUGGAGGUGAGGAACGGAACCAGGACCUAAACAACAUCAAGGUCCCUUGGGCAUGGCCGAUGGUUGCAGCGUGUGAGCUCGUAGACCUUGCAAUUUAGGUGCUGUUCUUUUCGAUUUAUGAGCGUAUAACCAAGUACUAGCAGAAGGAGGAUACUGUGAGGAAAUAAAAUGCCCAGGAAAAUUGGGCGUCCUAGCCGUGAUUAGUGACUGAAUACCCCGACUUGCCGUGUGUUUUCGCAUCGAUCGACGAGUUGUAAGAACUAAUUGAUGAAUUUAUAGCUCUGCAUAAGCAUUAUUCCAUUCCGGUGUUCUUCAA